GGAUGCUCUGGGCAUGGCCUCUGGAGCCCCCCAGCAGAGCAGCCAGUUGGCAGAGGAGAUCCCAGGCUUCCUGGACGCCUUCCUCUGCGACUUCCCAGCGCCGCUGAGCCUAGAGAGCCCUGUGCCAUGGAAGCUCCCGGGGACAGUGCUGAGUCAGGAGGAGGUGGAGGGCGAGCUGGCCGAGCUGGCGAUGGGCUUCCUGAGCAGCAGGAGCGCCCCGCCACCACUUGCUUCAUCUCUGGCCCAUGAGGCAGUUUCCCGGCUGCUACAGACGGACCUUUCUGAGUUCAGGAAGUUGCCCGGGCAGGAGGAGGAGGAAGAGGAAGAUGACGACAAGGAACAGAAGGCCCCUGUGACCCUGCUGGAUGCCAAGGGCCUGGCGCGGAGUUUCUUUAACCGGCUCUGGGAAGUAUGCAGCCAGUGGCAGAAGCAGGUGCCCUUGACCGCCCAGCUUCCUCAGCGGCAAUGGCUGGUCUCCAUGCAUGCCAUCCGGAAUACCCGCCGCAAGAUGGAGGACCGGCACGUGUGCCUUCCCACCUUCAACCAGCUCUUCGGCCUGUCCGACCCCGUGGACCGAGCCUACUUCGCCGUGUUUGAUGGUCACGGAGGGGUGGAUGCCGCACGGUACGCCGCCGUGCACGUGCACAGCAACGUUGCCCGCCGGCCUGAGCUGCCCACGGACCCCGCCGGAGCCCUCAGAGAAGGCUUCCGGCGCACCGAUGAGAUGUUUCUCUGGAAAGCCAAGCGAGAGCGGCUGCAGAGCGGCACCACGGGGGUGUGCGCACUCAUUGCAGGAAAGACCCUGCACGUCGCCUGGCUUGGGGACUCCCAGGUCAUCCUGGUGCAGCAGGGACAGGUGGUGAAGCUGAUGGAACCUCACAGACCUGAGCGACAGGACGAGAAGGAGCGCAUCGAGGCGCUGGGCGGCUUCGUGUCUCACAUGGACUGCUGGAGAGUCAACGGGACCCUGGCUGUGUCCAGAGCCAUCGGGGACGUGUUCCAGAAGCCCUACGUGUCAGGGGAGGCGGACUCGGCCUCUCGGGAGCUGACAGGCUCUGAGGACUACCUGCUGCUGGCCUGUGAUGGCUUCUUCGACGUCGUCCCCCACCAGGAGGUCGCUGGCCUUGUCCAGAGCCACCUGGUCAGGCAGCAGGGCAGCGGGCUGCAGGUGGCCGAGGAGCUGGUGGCUGCAGCCCGGGAGCGGGGCUCCCACGACAACAUCACGGUCAUGGUGGUCUUCCUCAGGGACCCCCGAGACCUACUGAAGGGCGGGGCCCAGGGGGCAGGGGAUGUGCCCUCUGGCCUCUCAGAGCCAGAGACCAACACUCCACAGAGAAGCUAGGAGGUGCAGGCCCCCUGCCCCCACCUCAGGCCCCUCCCCC